UCAAGAAAGGCCAAUCACACUAGUGUGUUCGACUUCUUACUAUGUGGCAAAGCCACACAGCUGAUGAUCGGUCCUGCUGUCAGAAAUUACUAUUCUACUACUUCCUGGGAGUUCAUAGAUAGAGAAACUACCUGAAAGUUUAUUAAGAUCAAGAGUGGGAGAGAAGUAUACCUAGCACCCCAGCACUGAACAUGGCAUCCAAGAAAAAGAAGCCAGAACAAAAAGCUAAUGGUUUUGGGGAACGCAAGCAAGGAACAAAUAGAAAAGAAGGUGAUAUAUCUAAGGCAAGGAGCAGCACAGAACCGUUUGUGAGAGAGAGAGAGCAGUAUCUGCAGAAGGAAUAUAAGAUCCUGACUGAUCAUGUGAACACGUACAUGAAGCGAAUAGAGCACUUCCUGUGGGAGAAUGAGUUCCUGGAUAAGGAGGCUCAGAAGAUUCAGGAGGACAGUAAAGCCUAUGUGACCUAUAUAAGCAAACACACUCAGAAAUGUCAAAAUGCUAUCAUCACACUAAAUGACCAGAACCACUCUGAUCUGGCACAGAUCCGAAAGCAGAAGGAAGAGCUGAUCUCACAGUACACAGAUAAAGAGAAGGAGGUGAGGAACCAACUGAUGGAGAUGGAGACAAAGUAUUCUCUUAUGAACAAGGAGGUUGAAGACUUGCAACCCUUCAAGGACCUGCAGUUGGAACAACUGAGUAGAAUCAAGGAGCUGGAGAAAGAACUGCUGAUCACAAAAAUCCAGCACUCAGAGCAAAUGCACAAGGUCAAGAGCAAAUUCCUGCAAGCAAAAGCUGAAUAUGAGCUGGACUCUCAUCAGAAGGUUCAGUCUCUGGCCAAGAGAGCUGAAGAGGAAGCUGUACGCAGCCUAAUCCAUCAUACCAAGCAGGUGAAAGCAGAGAAUUGGCGACUGCGCCAUGAACUUCUCAGCCUCAUCCGACGCUCACACAUCCUCAAAUUGUUCAAGCUUCAACUGAGAGAACAACAACAGCAACUCAUUCGGGAGCACCAUUAUAGCCAAGACCUUGCACGCAUGCGCCAUUGGUUAAAGCAACAUGUGACACAGGGCUCAGACAAGAAAAUCAACAGCUUUGGCAGCUCCCUCAAAAGCAUCACAUCAGACCAGAUCAGACACAUCCCUACUUCCCUCACUAGCAAUAAAUCACAAUAAAGUUAUAUUUAACUUUUAUAGUUAAUGACAUUUGAAAGUUCAAUCCCUUUUCUCCAAAAAAUAAGUAACUUAAAAUUUCCCUCUCUGGAGAGAAACUAGGAUGAUCAAUAAAUGUAUGCUUCCCACACCAGCAGAUUACAUCUUGGAUUAAAAAAAAGACAGAGGAGGGAAUGGAGAGAAGAACAAUAAAAAUAAAUUAAAAAGGCAA